AUGGCGUCACCCCUGUCUGCUGCCAAGCAGCAGUUGAGGAGUCUCAUGAAACAGAAGCUCACGGCCGUCACCCAGGAUUCCAUUACUACCCAGAGUCGCUGCAUAUUUGAGGCUCUGAAAGAGUUUCAGCCUUACAAGGAUGCAAACCGCAUCAGCAUCUACCUGGCCAUGCCCACGGCCGAAGUCCAGACCGAUGCCAUUGUCCGGCACGCACUCAGCGCUGGCAAGCAGGUCUUUGUCCCCUACCUUCACAGGUCACCUCUCCAGACACCGGACACCCCGGCCCGGGUGAUGGACAUGGUGCACCUGGAGAACCUACAAGACUACGAGAGUCUCAAGCUCGAUCGCUGGGGGAUCCCGAGCGUGGAUCCUGCCACUGUGCACCAGCGACAGCGCAUCCUAGGCGGACCAGAUGCCCAUCACUCGGAGCAGGCCACCUUGGACUUCAUGGUCGUGCCCGGCGUCGCCUUUGACGUUGAUGACGCAGGGUCGAUAAGACGCCUUGGCCACGGCAAAGGGUUCUACGACUUCUUUAUCAACCGGUACCUGGCCAAGAUCCAGACAAAGGACGUCGUGCAGGAGAGGCCGCUGCUAUUGUACGGGCUGGCUCUGACGGAGCAGCUGGUCCCUGCGUCAUCAGAGCAAAGAGUUCCCACCGAUGCCCACGAUCGUAGACUCAAUGGCCUUAUUCUGGGCAAUGGCGAGAUUAAGACGGCCGUGUCAUGA